GACUUACUGAAUAUCAGGUUGGUAAGGGUUAGAAGAUACAAUGUUACUGCAGAGAGGGUUUACAGGGUUCAUCAGAGAAGAAGGUUUAGCCCUGGUUAGAUAUAUCAGUUCGGCUUCACCUUCAAUAGUGACUAAAGCAGGAGAUUAUGCCUCAGCUGCUUCUUAUCAAAGUAUUCCAAAAGAACCCUUUUAUAAAUCCAUGCUAAGAGCUGCUCAGGACAAUUCGUACAUGCUUAAAAUGCAUAUUAACAUGAAUGAAUUGCAUAAAGUUCAUGGUCCUAUUUUUAGAAUGGGACUACCAGGGGUAGGAGAGGCAGUUAUGUUAAGUAAUCCUGAAGAUUUGAAAACAUUGAUCUACACCGAUGACAAGGAUCCAAUAGAACAUGGAUUUAACUUCUUCGUAGAAUACAGGCAAAAAAUUAGGAAGGAUUUGUACCCUGAAACAGGGGGAUUAAUAGGAUCACAUGGAGAACAGUGGUAUCAGGCUCGAUCAAAGGUUCAACAGGAUAUGCUCCGACCUAAAUCUGCAUUAUUCUACAUUGAUGAAAUCACAGGAGUAUCCAAUGAUCUACUGAACCUUGUGGCUUCAAACAUGAACCAGGACAGAACAAUUGAUGAUGUUACACCAUUGAUGUACAGAUGGUCAUUGGAGGCAGUUAGCGCCAUCUUUUUAGACACAAGGAUUGGAUGCCUUAAAGCAGACCCUCCCAAAGAAGCAAAAGAAAUGAUAGCACAUACAGAAAUUGCCUUGGGCUUUGCUCUAAAUCAGUUAACGUUCGGAUUGCCAUUAUGGAAAUUGUACAGAACUAAGCACUUGGAUGAUUUUGAUACCGCUUCUGAAGGAAUUCACAAGAUCACUUCAAAAUUCAUCGCUCAGGCCAAAGAUAAGUUUAAAGCCAACAAUAUCACUGAGACUGACAAGAUGAGUGUUCUCCAGAAGUUGAUUCACAAGUGUGGAACAGAGUCCAAGAUCCCUGAGGUUAUGGCAAUGGAUGCCAUGAUGGCUGGUAUUGAUACAACAGGCAAUACUGCUGCUUUUAUUCUUUACCAUUUAGCAUCAAACCCUGUACAGCAGGAGAUACUGUAUAAGGAAAUCAAGGACAAACUGGGAGAUAGGAAACUUACUCCGGCCAUUCUCAAUGAGAUGAAAUACUUAAAAGCUGUUCAGCAUGAAAGCCAAAGGCUGCUACCGGCAGUUGGUGGUCUUGGUAGAACAACUCAGAAGGAUAUGGUAUUGAGCGGAUACCAAAUUCCAAAGGGUUCAAUGGUGUCUUUUAUGUGGACAAUGACAAUGCGAUCUGAAAAGCAUUUUAAGAACAGUGAUGAAUUUCUACCUGAAAGAUGGUUACGAGGCUGCCCUCAACAGAACAAUGCUCAUCCUUUUGCAUUUACUCCAUUUGGUCAUGGAUCAAGGAUGUGUAUUGGAAGACGGUUUGCUGAGCUGGAAAUUCAAAUUUUGGUAAUUCAAACCCUCAGGUAAAUAUUCUAUUCAAACCCUCAGGUAAAUAUUCUAUUCAAACCCUCAGGUAAAUAUUCUAUUUAAACCCUCAGGUAAAUAUUCUAUUUAAACCCUCAGGUAAAUAUUCUAUUUAAACCCUCAGGUAAAUAUUCUAUUUAAACCCUCAGGUAAAUAUUCUAUUUAAACCCUCAGGUAAAUAUUCUAUUCAAACCCUCAGGUAAAUAUUCUAUUCAAACCCUCAGGUAAAUAUUCUAUUUAAAAUCAAUGGUUUGUA